AUGCAUCUCUUCGCUUUUAUUUUAUUGUCCGUGACACUCGAUCAAGCUAUGCAACUAGUGAAUGCUGUAAUACAGAUUUUCGGUGAUCCAUAUAACACAGACUCACAAGCACUGCUACAACAUUUUUUGAAUAUUGGUCUCGACGAUUCUACUACGAAAAUAAUUUACGAAGAUGAGGAUGACGGUCAACAGCAACAACAAGAGCAAGAUCCAUUAGAAGUUGAUGAAACUAAAAUAUCUAGUGAAGCUAUUAUUCACCAAUCACCGUUUAACAUUGAAGCGAGAAAACAGAUUCCAGAUGUAGUAAACUUGUUAGAUAGCAGCACGAAAUAUAAUACUAUCACAAAUCCGCUUUUCUCGAGAAGCGUAAUUCGAACUACGUACAGAUGGUUUGCCUAUUUGCCGUUAUGGUCUAGUUUGAUGUUAGACUUCGAAGAGAGGCACGUAUACUAUUAUUUCACCCUCCAACUUGAAAUGUCUGAAUAA